GGAAUUCUCCCGGCAAGGAUCCAGCAAGCAGAAGCCAUGCUGACUGCAAUGCUGAGCUGUGCCCUCCUGCUGGCACUACCUGCCGUGCAGGGCGUCCAGAUGAGCUUGGCACCCCUGGAGGGCAUCAGAAGGCCUGACCAGGCCCUGUUCCCAGAGCUGUCAGGCCUGGGCCUGAGUCCUGGGCUGAAGAGGACAACUGCAGAACAGGCAGAAAAGGCUCUGCUCCAGGAGACCAAGGACUUGGCAGAGGUGUUGGAUCCGGAAGGUCGCGAGCCACGCUCCCCGCGCCGCUGCGUGCGGCUGCAUGAGUCCUGUCUGGGACACCAAGUACCGUGCUGUGACCCAUGUGCCACGUGCUAUUGCCGGUUCUUCAAUGCCUUCUGCUACUGCCGCAAGCUGGGUACUGCUGUGAACCCCUGCAGCCGCACCUAA